AUUGUUCCAAUACCAUCCUACAGUCACCAAACUUAUUAUCGAUCAUUAUGGAUCGCUUUGAGCCAAAAAGGACACAAAGUCGUCCUUAUAACAACAGAUCCGAUCAAUGAUCCUAGUUUAACCAAUUUGACAGAAAUCAACUUCCAAUCUAACUACCAGAUAAUGAAAUUAAAUUUCGCCAAAAACAUUAUAGCGGGGACUCAUGCGUGGUUAAGUACAUCACGCACACAAAUAUGGCCUUUGAGUGGAGAUACAGCAGAAAACAUUUUUAAGCAUCCAAAAGUACGUAAGAUGUAUGCACCGGAUAGUGAUGAAAAAUUCGACUUAGUAAUUGUAGAAACUGUAAAAGUACCUAGCUUCUAUGCCUUGGCGCAUAGAUUUAAUGCACCUCUCAUAGGUGUGUCAUCAUUUGGAUUGCGUAAUACACUUUAUUAUCUACUUGGUGCACCUGUUCUGUCAUCACAUCCUUCGAAUUGGGAAAUGGGAGAUGACACCGGUUUAAAUCUGUCAUUGUGGCGGAGGAUAAAAAAUUUUAUUCGUCAGUGGUAUCACAUAUAUUGCUCAAUAAAUUAUUUUUACCCUAAACAGCAAGCGAUAGCAGAAAAAUAUCUCGGAAAAAAUAUACCAGACAUAAGAGAUAUGGAAAGAAACAUGAGUCUUGUUUUUCACGGUCAACAAGAAGCUCUCUCGUUUGUUAAACCAACAAUGCCUAAUAUUGGAGUACUUGGAAAUUUUCAUAUUUCAAAAAAACCCGCGGCUUUAUCGAAGGACUUGAAAGAAUUUUUAGCAGAUGCACCGAAUGGAUUUAUCUAUAUGAGUCUAGGCACAAAUGUCAUAAUAUCAAUCUUUCCAGAGCAUAUACAAAACGCAUUUCGAGAUGUAUUUGCAAGUUUGCCAUACAAAGUUGUAUGGAAAUAUGACAGCGAAUUGCCAAAUAAACCUGACAAUAUCUAUACCGCUAAAUGGAUUCCUCAACAGAGCAUUCUCGCUCAUCCAAACAUUAAAUUAUUCAUAUAUCAAGGUGGACUUCAAAGUACAGGAGAAGCCGUUUAUUAUACAGUACCACUUUUAGGAUUACCAAUAGUAGCUGAUCAGUAUACUCAAGUUAACAAAAUGGUAUCUUUAGGAGUUGCGAAACGUU